CGACAAGCUAAGCUGCUAACUAGCUAAGUGAGGGUUACUCAGCGAAGCUGAGCUAAUAUCAAUUCUCUGUUAUAUCUGGAGUGAUCCACAUCUGAAGCACGGAGACAGCAGGUUUGUCUCCAUCUUCGAGCACAGAGAGGUCUGAGCCUCCGUCACCAUGACAGACAACAAGCGUCUCGCCUUCUCCAUCAUCCAGUUCCUGCAUGAUCAGCUGCGGUCAGGGAACCUGUCCUCAGAUGCUCAGGAGAGUCUGGAAGUUGCUGUCCAGUGUUUGGAGACGGCGUUUGAAGUUUCCACCGAUGACCAGAGUCUCGCCGUCCCCAUGACGUUACCGGAGAUCUUCUCCUCCGCUACAGCGAAGUUUCCAGCUCAGUCGCAGGUCAACAACAACUCCACCCACAACUCCCCGACGGAGGAGCAGAGAGCCGAGGCGGAGCGGAUGAAGAGCGACGGUAACGACCAAAUGAAGGUGGAGAACUUUGCAGCAGCAGUUGAGUUUUACUCCAAAGCCGUCGCCCUGAACCCUCAGAACGCCGUCUACUACUGUAACAGGGCUGCAGCCUACAGCAAACUGGGCAACUACGCAGGAGCCGUGCAGGACUGCGAGCAGGCCAUCAGGAUCGACCCGAACUACAGCAAAGCCUACGGCCGCAUGGGCUUGGCUCUGGCCAGCCUGAACAAACAUUCGGAGGCGGUCAGCUACUAUAAGAAAGCUCUGGAGCUCGACCCCGACAACGACACCUACAAGACCAACCUGAAGAUUGCCGAGGAGAAGAUGGAGACAUCCAGUCCGACUGCAGGGAUGGGCGGGGUCGACCUGGCCGGGUUGCUCAGUAACCCCGGCUUCAUGAACAUGGCGUCCACUCUGAUGAACAACCCUCAGGUUCAGCAGCUGAUGUCCGGGAUGAUGUCUGGAGCGUAUGGUGGGAUGGGAGGGAUGGGAGGGAUGGGAGGAGGUGCAGGUGCAGGAGGUGGAGGUGGCGCAGCACCUGGCGCCCCAGCGGCCCCGCCAGCCGGAGACCUGUCAGGACUGAUCCAGGCAGGUCAGCAGUUCGCGCAGCAGAUGCAGCAGCAGAACCCUGAACUCAUCGAACAGCUGAGGAGUCAGAUCCGCAACCGGACGCCCAGCGCCGGAAACGAGGAGCAGCCGUGACGUCGGUGUACGGUGGGACAUGCUCGGAGGAAGAGGAGGUGUCACAUGACCUUUUUCCUCUUCUGAUCUGGAUGUCUGACUCGAAGGACUAAAAGGAAGUCGUUUCUUUUUGUUUUGUUUUUUUGUUUUGUUUUUUUUUUCCCAUUACUGAAUAAGGCCUGCAUGAGAGAAGGCGGAGCCUGCAUGAGAGAGGGCAGGGCCUGCGUGAGAUUGGGCGGAGCCUCCCACCUCAUUCAGGAGCCACAUCAGCAAAAAGUCCUGCUUCCUGCAGCUCUGUGUGGUUUUUAGAGCAGCGGUUCAGAGUGAAGCAACGCUUCGACAGGGACACGGAUCUCGGAUGUUCAACAGCUGAAUAAAUGCCUCUGGUUCCUUCUAAAAGCACCAGAGUGUAACUUUAACUCUUGUCUGAUCCAGUACCGUGUCUCUGGAGCAUCUGAAUGUGUGAACGUCAGGGUCUUUGGGUGUGAAAUGAACUAACUCCUGGACCACAUGGAGCUGUGAGGAUGCCGCAGGGAGGCUGUUUGAUCACAGUUGAAUUAAAGAGCAUCUCGGUGUUUUACUCUGCUCGA